GACUGAGCUGCUGCGUUUAAAACAGUGGGAACUGUCGACUUAUUUCACGAAACGUACAACUAGCCAUUUGUUUAAAAAGUGAUUCAUUUGAAAAUAGAAACUUUUACAAAAGAUGAAGUAUGUGUAACGUAAAUCUGGGAUAUAGCUGCGUGCCACCCCGAGGAAGCUUUCGUGUUCACCGGUUUAUCCAGAAGUUGAACUCCCAGUAUCAUGGAUGCCGAAGGAUAUAGAAAUGACUUACACUACACAGAAGCAGAGAGUCUUUGGCAUGUGAUGCAGCAAUCAGGAGAUCUGGAUCAGAGGAGCAGAGAUGGAGAGAGCUGGAAGCUGGUGGAUGUAUUUCUCUCAGGAGGUGCGCCAUGGGGGUUUACACUCAGAGGUGGACUGGAGCAUCGAGAGCCACUCCUCAUAACCAAGGUUGAGGAAGGCAGCAAGGCAGCAGCUGUGUGUCUCCAGGUGGGAGACGAGCUCGUCAACAUCAACGAGAUUCCCCUGAGUGGCUACAGACAGGAGGCAAUCUGCCUUGUGAAAGGCUCCCAUAAGACCCUCCGUCUGGUGGUGAAAAGGCGGAAUGAACCCAUAAGCAGGCCUCACUCCUGGCACUCCACCAAGUUCAACGAAAGCCAAUCAGAGACUGCCAAAACACAGUCUCCACCCACGCCAGUCUGGCACACCAGAUAUGAUGCAAGCUCAUCCUCAACUGAUCUCUCCUCUGGCUGGGAGCAGACAAACCUGCGCAGAGUGUCUGACCAGUUCAGCUCUCUUGGCAGCAUGGACAGUCUAGAACAUGUCGCACACCCGUACCCUGCCGGUCAGCUGUCACCUGCCAAGUCUAACAACAGCAUGGAGCACCUCGGAGGAGGCAAACGAGACUCAGCCUACAGCUCCUUCUCCACCAGCUCUGGCACACCAGACUACACCCUGUCAAAGAGCAACACCGCCUCAACAGAGAACAUGCUCUAUAAAGUCAGCCAGUGGGAUGCAGGAGGAAAGCACAACAAUGGUAGAAACAGCCAGAGCCUGACUGAGGGAGGCAAACAGGAUGAUAGGCUCACAUAUUUUCAGAUGCCAGGAGUAAGCGCAGGUUAUGAGUGUCCACAGAUUGAGGACCCGGCUGGCUCCCGCCAUUCCACUUCAAGCAGAACCAGCUUUGGACCUGUUUGGAAUGUCCCUGAGAAAAAGAAGACUGCAUCCCCAUCCCCUCCCCCACCCCCUCCACCUGCACGCAGUGACAGUUUUGCUGCAACAAAGGUACAUGAAAGGGGGCUCGUGAUAGCUCACCCUGAAGGACCUGAUCCACACAAGACUGCGACUGAAAAUCGCCGCAGCCACAACCUUGCCCUGAAAAGUGACAGCGACAGUUUUUACCCUUCAUCUGAUAAAUCCAGCCACAACCAGUUCAGCUCAAACAAGCAGUACUCCCUGUCCAGCAGCGAUGUUCGGCAAGGCCAGCCUUACCAUCAGAGACACCACAGUGACAAAAGCACUUUGUAUUCUCAGCCCUGGGCUACGUCUGUACCAAAGCCACAGAACGCAGGUGGCUACCACUGUAGCAUGCAGGAAAUGCCUACUAACGGUUCUGCACAACACUUUGGUCAGAACCAGAGAAGAAACUUAAGCACCUCCCUGUCGAUCACAGCCGCUGACCAAAACACUGACAGCAGUGGACACAGCCGAUACUACUGUGUCACUACAUGCCAGCCCACGCAGCCCAACCCCCAGCUGAUGUCAGGGAAACCAGAGGACCGGAGGAGUGUCACAGGCGUGGACCUGGCAGAGAGCAGCAGUGAGCGUAAUUCUCUCAGCCCACAGACAGUCACCAAAGUGAAGUAUCAUCAGCCCCAACAACACUCCUCACAGAGUAAAGACAGUAAUGGAUACAGCAAGCACCAAGUUACUACUGUACUGGAAACCUGUGUUCCUAAACCCAGCUCAGAUAAUAGGGGAAGCCAGAGAGGACACAACACUCAAAACACAGAGACUCCGUACGUGAAUUACCCUCCUACCAGACAAUCUGAACAGCGAAGGUCUCUCCCACUACAACACAGAGAAAUACCCCAAGACAUUAGAUAUCACAGUCAAGUGAGCAACAAAAUCAGCCCCCAAGUAACCCCCAUGCUGCACUCUCUAUCCAUGGAUGCUGCAGGCCAAGAUGAGAAAACAAGAGGCACAAUCUCUGAGGAGUCCAUUGAAAGCAAGCAGGCAAAGCGCACUGAUCGUUUUGCCACAACAUUGAGGAAUGAAAUCCAGAUGAGAAGAGCCAAGCUGCAGAAAAGUAGGAGCGCAGCAAUCCUUCCUGGUGCUGAGGGUGAGACUGAAGACGAUCAGGAUGUCUGGAAGUCCACUGAAAGCACCACUCCAUCGUCUGCAGACGGAUCCUUCACCAACACCUACAAGGACCAUCUGAAGGAAGCACAAGCAAGGGUGCUGAAGGCUACCUCUUUCAGGAGAAAAGACCUGGAGCCAGUCUUAGUGGAGAACCCUGCAGCGGAGGCCCUACCUAACUACCCAUCCUCAGCACUGGCCCGUAAAGAUGUCACCCCUCUGCCAACUGUCACAGAAUCUGUGAUGAGUAAAUCAGGGCCUGCUGCUGGUCAGGUGACUCGCAUUGGAGGCCGGAAGCGUUUUUCUGCAGAAAAGAAGGUCAGGUCUUUCUCUGAACCAGACAAGAUCCAUGAAGUCGGGGUGAAAGAAGAUCUCCCAUGCAACGAAAAAACAAGCUCCUCAUUAGACCGACAGAAGCUCUUCAAAGAAAGUGGGAACCAAGUCAACCAAGGCCAAGAUCUUGCCUCCAUUGGUGCAGCAGGAGACACAAUGAAAGGGAUCAGCAGCAGAGAGUACACUGAGGAGGCCCAGAGAGCUUCUUACUCUGCACACAAGCAGUCCAUCCUAGACCAGCAAAGACUGGGCACCUUUGCUGAGUAUGAGGCAAGAUGGAAUACACAGAAGAAACCACCAGAAACCAGAGCCUCCGGACGGUACCGAUCAGCUGAUAACAUCCUGGAUCCUGGACCAGAGGAGAGAACUAAAACCACCUGUUUGCAUGAGAGAUCCAGAUCCUCUCCCUCAGCUGACAUCUAUGGGCAGAAGAUUCCAGUUCCUGCAAGAAAGUCUGAGACCGAGUUUUCACAGACUGAGAGAAAACCUGCUGAGCUGCUCGACACUGCUACAGGGUUCUCUGACAGAAGCCCCGGUGACUGCAAAGUGAGAGAAAAGCCGGUGGAGUUUGAACAUUACUCAGCGCCACCCCCUCCGCCCAUGACAGGAGCCAACCCUGACAGCAGACACAGAGCUGCUCCUGCCACCAUGAACCACAGACCCACAUCUGUCUCUCAUGGUCUCACGGAGUCUGGCCUCCCUCAGCCUGGGGACCACAGCCACAACGAGUUGCCAUCUGGACUGAGGAGGAAGCCCUCUGCGCUGGAGAAGCCUCCCCCUCCUACAUGCCCAGAGGUCGACUCCCAAGAGUCCUUCACCAGUUCCCAGAGUGAAGUCUUCAUCCACUGCUCUCCUAACACUGAUCCUAACUCCGCCUUUGUCCCCACCCACUCUGCAAAGGGAGAUUCUGAGCAGGGCAAAGGACUUGUGGACAAAGGACAAGGGGCAGUACAUCAUCUAUCAACAUCCAAUCCUCAGCUGGCCUCCUCUCCCCCGGCUUCCUCCUACAGACCUUCAGGGCUGGCCAGUAUGGAGAGGCAGCGCUCACCAUCUCCACAGUUUUCCCCACAAAGACUCAGCGACAAGCCUCCAGUCUCUCUGCAGGAUGAAGACUCAAGCAGGAUGGAGCAUGUGACAGAAAACCAAAAUUCUGCAGUGAAGAAAGUUCCCAUUAAGAUCGUCCACUUAGAGGGAGCCACAGAGAAGGAGAACAGUCCAUUUUUGCAGCACAGUGACUCCUCUGCCAUUAAAGCCGAGGCUCCUGGUGUUAACAGGCUCAGCAGUCUGGGAGGUGCAGGGCAGGACUCUGUCUUCUGUGUCUUCACUCGGCAGAGAGAGCCCGACAGUCCACCAGCUUCUCAGACGGACACAUACAUGACCACUGUCAGAGAUCACAUCAACUCCAACUGUCAGCAGCCACCGCAGCCCACAGACGAGCCCGAGCCCAGCAGAGACAGGACCGCUGUCACCACAGGACUGACUGAGGAGGACCAGAAGAGAGAGGAGCUGGCCAGGGACAUCAUGGGGAAGGACAAGUCACUGGCUGAUAUUCUGGAUCAGAGCAAAAUGAAGACCACCAUGGACUUGAUGGAGGGCAUCUUCCCUCAGGGGGAGCAGCUGCUGGAAGAAGCUCAUCAACGCAGGAAGGUGCCCCCGAAACAGUCAGCUGCCCGGCCUGCUGAGGAAAGGGAAAAGGAGGACAAUAUGGCAGCAGCCGUUACCAUGGUGACCAGCUCUACAUAUUACAGCACAUCUGCUCCAAAGGCUGAACUCCUCAUCAAGAUGAAGGACAUGCAGGAGCAGAAGGAGGAAGACUCAGAGGAAGAACUGGACAUUGAUCUGGCCAACAAGAAGCAAGAGUUGAUUGACAGCCUUAGCAAGAAGCUACAGGUGUUGCGGGAGGCCAGAGAGAGUCUUCAGGAGGACAUCCUGGACAACAACGCCCUGGGAGACGAGGUAGAGGCCCGAGUCCAACAGGUCUGCAAACCCAACGAGCUGGACAAGUUCAGGAUGUUCGUUGGGGACCUGGACAAGGUGGUGAGUCUGCUGCUGUCUCUGUCAGGCCGUCUAGCCAGAGUGGAGAACGCCCUCAACAGCCUGGAGGAGGAUGCUACAGCUGAGGAGAGGCGUACGCUAGUCGAGAAGAGGAAGCUGCUGAUCCGACAGCAUGAGGACGCAAAGGAGCUGAAGGAGAACCUAGACCGUCGGGAACGUGUCGUUUAUGACAUCCUGGCCAACUACCUGCAAGAGGACAGCCUUACAGACUAUGAACACUUUGUCAAGAUGAAGUCUGCGCUCAUCAUCGAGCAGCGCAAGCUUGAGGACAAAAUCAAACUGGGCGACGAGCAACUCAAGUGUCUGAUGGACAGUUUGCCAAUAGAACAGAGGCUGUCCUUCUGAAGCCCAAAGCUCUGAUUAGACAGACUGGUUAUUACUCACUGUCCAGCAGAGGGAGACAGAGACAAACAGCCUGUUUGCAACAAUGACUGUUGCAUUUUCUCACAGUUUUCAAUUCACACCUCCUGAGGUGGACUCCCACAGACUGACAGCAUCCAUAUGUAACUCCUUUGUGACAGAUGCUGCUUUUCCUGGCAUCAACAGACCACUGUAUCUAAUGUCUUUCAUGCCAUUUUUUGCUGUUUUUAUUCUGUGUUUUUGGCUCCUUUUUUAGUAAUUUAUUGUAGCCUUUUGAAUCUGUGCAGGAGGGGACAGUAUUUUAUCUUCAACUGAUCUGAGCAGCCACACUACCUGAUGUGUGUUACAUGCUGAGCAACUAAGAGUAUUUAUCAUGUUUUAUGUUUAAAUAAUUUCACACUCUCUAACCCUUUUCAGAUAAACUAUGAAAUCUGGCCAAAUAUUUCAGUCAACUCAAACCUUUUUGUCAAAAUUUAUAAACUAGUGGCCUUGUACUAAGAUUUCUGUGCCCUCGCUUCCCUCACUAAAGAAACUUUUCUUCUGCGAUAAACAAGAUGAAGACAGAAGGAUGUGAGUGCAGCAGUGUAACCUUGUGAAUGUCCUGGUCAUUUUAAAGAGCACUUGUUCAACUUCACUAAACAGAAGAAGCACUUCACAUCCAGACUUUAACUCCACAGUCAAAUCCACAUUGAACAUGCCUGGGGAGUUCUCCAUGUCACUGAAAACACUGUCCGAUCUUAAAUCCACCUCUGCAUGUUGUUUCUGUCAGUGCUGCUCUGUUUUAUUCACGGACACAGAAUCUUGUUUAGAUAAUGAUGUUGCCACAUGUAAGUUUACCAAGUCUGUAUUUUUGUCUUAUUACUUCACUGUGUUUUGUUAUUCACGGUGCAGAUGUUUCAUAGUUACCACAGAUGUUGCUUGACCUCUAGAUAAUUUCAACACUAAAAACUGUUCAGGUUGAUCAUUCUGCAACCAAAUAUGGAACGAAAUCGUUCCAAAGCAUUUUGACCAGCUUGAGCUUUGAGUCUAUCAAAUGUCUAAAUUUCAGACUGUCAGGAUUAAAUCAGUGUCCCCGAGGUGAAGCCUGGUGGAGGGUGUUUGUUCUGCACAUGUGAGUAUGUUACAGUUUGAAACGCUUUGUGCACUGCUACAGCUACAGCCUGACUCUUAACACUUUAUCAGCUGUGCUCCUUUAUGUUGAAUAAAGAGUCUGCUGAAAUCACA